GAGGCCUCUGCAAUAUAUAUUCAACAGAACUAGCACAGUUUCAGAACUACAAUGCAACUCAACUCUCCUCUUCUAACAAUAUAGAAGAACAUAGUUCAUAUUUCCAAAUACAAUUCUUGAUAGUUUCUGCUUCUUAAAGUUUUGAUCAACAAGAUUCUUAGUUUCACAGAGAGGACCAUUUCCGUACUUAAAAGCACGAAUCUUGCAGCCCCAAAAAAUCCCAAUUCAGAUAACCAUUAGGCUGAUCUUUUCAGCAACUUGCCAUUACUUCUUAUCCGAAACAAAAAGAAAAGAGAUGCUCUUGAAUGUCGUUCUCUAGUUAGAAUCUUCAGAACACGAUAUCAGCUUAGCAUCAAAAAACAAGGGAACGAAAAAUAUCAAACACUUUCCAUAUUUUUCUAGGAAAAUAUCUCUCAACUAUCCAAAAAUGGUUCAUUUACGACGCCUUGUUGAUGCAGAGCCAGGCAUGGCACCCGCCAGUGUCAGUAUUAGGCCAAACCAUUACAUCAACGAGACAAAAUUCGACACAAACAUGGUGAUCAUCUUAGCCGCUUUACUCUGUGCACUACUAUGUGCACUAGGACUCAACUCAAUAAUCCGGUGCCUACUACGUUGUACUCAUAGGUUUGGUACAGAGACACCGCAACAGGCUGCAGCCCGAUUAGCCACCACUGGCGUGAAAAAACACGUUCUACGAAAAAUUCCAAUUGCAAUAUACGGAUCAGAAGUGAAGUUUUCAAGCACUGAGUGCCCGAUUUGUCUAGCAGAAUUUGUUCAAGGAGAGAAAGUUCGAGUUCUGCCAAAGUGUAGUCACGGCUUCCAUGUCAAGUGCAUUGACACAUGGCUGGAGUCACAUUCUUCGUGUCCUAAUUGUCGUCGUUCGUUGCUUGAACGUUCGACUUCACGUGUUGCUGAUGAAAGUUGUGCAGCUCAGUCACUGGAAAGUAACAGUUCUAGACAGCAGCAAGCUAGUACUGUUAAUGUAGUUGUUACACAGGUUUAGAUUUAGGCUAUGUAUGUUUUUUGGUUUGAGGGAGAUCACAUAAGUGAUUAAGUACUAGUGUAGAAGAAGAUUAUUCUUCAUUAAUGAUAUUAAGUUAAAUCUGAAACUUGAUCAUAUGAAGUUGGAUUUUUUGGAUUUGCA